AUGAAGGAGCCGAAGAAGGACGGAAGUGCUUGGUGCACCGUGUUGUCGGCACUCAACGAGGAGGAUGACAACUGGUACUUUGACUCCGGCGCAUCGAACCAUUUUUCGAAGUCGGACGCGAUGCUGGAGGAUCUUCAGCAGUAUGGAGGAACCGUGGUUGCAGCCAACAGAGGGGCGAUGAAGGUCGUGGCGAAGGGGCGGAUGCAGCUCACCCCGAAAAGUUGCCCGGAUUCCCCGAUCGUCGUGAAUGACGUGCAAGUCAUCCCGGAGCUGUCAUCGAACCUGCUGUCAGUCAACCAGAUCGUGAAGCGAGGCUGCACGGUAAUCUUCAACUCCGCUGGAGUGAAGGUGCUGAACUCGGACGGUGACGUCAUGGCAACUGGAACUCGUUACCGGGAACUGUUCAAGCUCGAUCUGCGAUCGCAGGAACGAAGAGCGCACUCGCUUGCUCGUCUGCGGUUGAUCUCGAGGUCUGGCACCAGCGCCUGGGACACCUGA